AUGGCUGCUAAAGAAGGGGGAAAUGAAGGCAAUGAGGUGCCAAUUAGACAGCGGAAGGCUCAUAAGAAGUCUCGUCUUGGGUGCAAGAACUGCAAACUUAGGAGCGUAAAGUGCGAUGAAUCUAAACCCUCUUGCAAACGAUGCAAAACCUCGGGUUUUGUUUGUUCCUUCACAGAAACAUCGGCAUCAUCUUUCCAACUCGCCCACUUCAACGCAGGUCCGGUCUUCUCCGUCAUAGAUAGAUCUCUUGGGCCCAUCAAUCCUGGCUUCAGUGUCCCUGUCGUGAAACCUGUCAAGGGGGGUAUGGGCGAAAUUGUUCUUGAUGACUUUGCUCUCAAGGCACUGGAGAGGUUUCGGAAAAGAACCGUUUUCUCAGUUGGUACCAAGAAAUCGAGGAGAGUUUAUAGUGAGGGGGCAUUCAUGCUGGGAUUAAAGCAUCCUUUUCUUAUGCAUAUCUUCAUCGCCCUCGCCUAUCUCCACGACGAACAUCUCAACCCCAACUCAAUAGCAUCUCACCGCACACCCCUCGCGUUCCACUGGUACCAAGCUACAGCGCUCUUCCACCGCCGUCUAGCAACCGCCAGUUUGGUCCAGGACCCUUCAACGCUUCCUAGCUCCGAGCGCGACUCCCUCUGGACGGCUGGGGCACUCCUCGGGGCUGCUUCCUUCGCUCUUCUCGACGUCCAGAGUGUCGAUAAUGUCUGGCCCCUCAAAGAAUCUGAUCCGCUGGACCUGGAUUGGUUGAAGAUGAGCGAUGGGAAGAAAGUCGUAUGGAACCUAGCUGAUCCGACCCGGCAAGAGAGUAUCUUCCAUGAACUACUCGCAGAGAAAACGUCUAUGCCUGAUGGAACGAAAGAAAUUCCUCCCGAUGUCCUCCCCGGUACAUUCUACAGCGUGUUCAACCUCGACGCUUCAUCAUCAGCUUCAACUAACCCUUAUCACACCGCUGCAUCUCUUCUCGCGCAACUCCUCCCUCGCGAGAUAACUGAUAACACAGUGAUACGGUUCCUCAGCUUUCUGACACAGCUGGAUCCGCGCUUUCGAAAGCUGCUGGAGGAAAAGGAUCCCAGGGCCAUGGUUCUGCUGGCGUGGUGGUAUACCAAGGCAGCGGUACACAGUUCGUGGUGGAUGCAGAGACGUUCGUUGGUGGAGGGGCAGGCGAUUUGCAUUUAUCUGGAAAGAUAUUGUACAGACCUUGAGGGGAUUUGUGAGUUGGUCAAGUUUCCGAAAAGGGUCUUUGGGAUUUGUCGAAGUAAUGGGGGUAUAGCUUCAGAGGAAAGGGGUGCUUUAGCACUGGGAGGUUGGGUAUACUGA